AAAUUAUUUUUAAUAAUUAUUGUAAGAAUAAUAUUAUUAAUAGUUAAUUUUUAAUUAUAAAUAGUAAGUUUUUAAUAGUAUUUUUUUUAUAAAUAAAAUCUGUAAUAAUAAGUGUCAAUAGCAUUUUAAUAGGUACAUUUAAUUUUGUUGCCAAUUUGUAAAACAUUACCACUAUGAGUGAAACAUUGAAAAUGUUAAAAGAACAAUCUAAAAUAAGAAAAAAGUUAUUGGCAAAAACGGUAAACGAGAUUAAUUUCAAAAUUUCCUAAUUAUAAUAAUUUAUAAAUUAUUAUUCACAGUUAGGUUUCUCAGAUGUCGAACAAUUCCGUCAUGCGCUGAAUUCUCACAGGGAGCCGAUGCCUAUGAGUUCUGUUCGCAAAUUCAUAAAUAAAUUUAAUUCUGAAUCAAAAAGUCCUGAACAUACUUAUAAAGAUUCUUCAACAUUUCUUAAAGGUACACAGUCGUCUAAUCCACACAAUGACUAUUGUCAACAUUUUGUUGAUACCGGUCAACGUCCACAAAAUUUUAUUAGAGAUGUUGGUCUUACUGAUAGAUUUGAAGAAUACCCAAAACUAAGAAAAUUAAUCCGUCUAAAGGUAUAAUAUUAUAUUUUUGGUUUUCAGAAAUUAUUAUAAAUAUAAGUAUAUACUUAUAUACUUGAUACUACUAUAUACAAUGUUUAUUAUUCAUUUAUAUCAUCAAUUUUAUCAAUUGUUAAUAUUUUUCUUUUUAUAUAGACUAAAAAAAUUAUCUUUAAGUCUUAGUUUUUUUUUAUAGGAUGAACUUAUACAACAAACUUCUACGCCACCUAUGUUUCUGAAGUGCGAUUUAAGCACUUAUGAUUUAAAAACAUUGAAUAUUAAAUUUGAUGUUAUACUUGUUGAACCUCCACUAGAAGAAUAUCAGCGAACUUUGGGUGUUACCAAUACAAAGUUUUGGAAUUGGAAACAAGUUAACUAUAAAUAUAAAUAAUACUAAUACUCAUUUGUAAAAUUUUAUCUAUUUAAGAAAAACAACCAUGAACUGAAUGUUUUAUUUAAGACUUGUUUUAAUUUAAUAAAUCAUUCGAUCAAUACAGCCUGUUUUAAACUGAAUAUAAAUACAAAAUUAUGAUUAUUAAUUUUUAUAAUUAUUUAAUUUCUGCUUAUUGAAUAUUUAUCACUUGAACAAUUAUUUGAAUGUAUUCAAUACUACCUAAUUCUCUUAUUCUAACAUAAUUUAUUACUUAUUUUUUAAUUGUUUUAUACAUAUCAAUUUUAUCUUAUUUAAUGAUUUACUAGUUUUUAUAGGCAUUUAUCAUUUAUUUAUGAUUAGUUAUUAAUUAUUUGUAUACAUUUAUUAGAUAAUGGACCUAGAAUUAGGUGAAUUGGCUGCGAAUCGUAGUUUUAUUUUUCUCUGGUGUGGUUCAUCUGACGGUUUGGAUAAGGGCCGUGAUUGUCUACGGCACUGGGGUUUUAGGCGUUGUGAAGAUAUUUGUUGGAUUCAAACAAAUUCUAAAAAUCCAGGACAUUCAAAAAGCUUGGAACCAAAUGCUGUUUUUCAACGAACUAAGGUAUUUAUUUGAAGUUAAUACUAAACGGAUUUACAAUGCUAGUAAAUAUAACAAACACAAAAUUUAAUUUUAAAUAUUUUUAAAUCAUGUUCUUAUUUGCCUACUAUAUGUUUAGGAACAUUGUCUAAUGGGUAUUAAAGGAACAGUUCGUCGAUCUUCAGAUGGUGAUUAUAUCCAUGCUAAUGUUGAUAUUGAUUUAAUUAUUACUGAAGAGAAUGGACAUGGUUCAAUGGAAAAACCUGUUGAAAUAUUUCAUAUUAUUGAACAUUUUUGCCUUGGAAAGAGAAGGUAUUGUAUUAUGAUUGUCAUUGAAUAUAUUUAUACAUUUAUUUUUACUUUUUAGAUUACAUUUAUUUGGUCGUGACAGUACUAUACGCCCAGGGUGGUUAACAUUAGGACAUGAAUUAACUAAUUCAAAUUUUAAUUCUGCUAUGUACUGUGGAUAUUUUAAUAAUGGCCAAUUAACAACUGGAUGUACUGAUCGUAUUGAAGAACUCAGACCUAAAUCACCUCCACCUAAAUGUAAAUUGUCAAUGGGUAUACGAAAAGGUAUUUCUUGUAUGAAUAGAAAUAGAGGAAGACUGUAAUGAUUUUGAUCUACAAAUGACUGAUUUAAUAAUAUUAAAUUAAUUUAUAUUAUAAAAGCAAUAUAAUAGUUUCUAUAAACUUAAAUUAAUAAAUACAAUAAAACGUCUUUAUAUAA